CCAGAGCUGAGUCAGACAGCUCCUCUCCAGUGUGGGCAAGGAGUGUACAUCGCAGACGACGACAGGCGAUAGGAAACGCAACCUUGGCGAGUUUUGAGCGGGGAUUACGCUGACAAUCUGGGGGUUUGGUAACAAGAGGAGUCCGCAAUGACUUGGGGAACGGAGCUUUGGGACCAGUUUGAAAACCUCGACAAGCAUACUCAAUGGGGGAUCGACUUCCUAGAGAGGUAUGCAAAGUUUGUCAAGGAAAGAGUGGAGAUCGAACAGACUUACGCCAAACAGUUGAGGAACCUGGUGAAAAAGUACUGUCCCAAGCGCUCCAAAGAUGACGAACCUAGGUUCACAUCGUGCCUGUCCUUUUACUCCAUCCUGAACGAGCUCAACGACUAUGCAGGUCAGAGGGAGGUGGUGGCUGAGGAGAUGGGACACAAGGUGUAUGGGGAACUGAUGAGGUACUCACAGGACCUCAAGUCUGAGAGGAAACACCAUCUCCAGGAGGGUAGGAAGGCCCAACAGUAUCUGGACCAGUGUUGGAAACAGAUGGACAAUAGCAAGAAGAAGUUUGAGCGGGAGUGCAAGGAAGCUGAAAAAUCACAGAUCAGCUACGACCGAUUGGACAACGACAUCAACGCCACAAAGUCGGAGGUUGAGAAGGCAAAGUCACAGUUGUACCUGCGCACACACUCGGCAGACGAAAGCAAGAACGAAUACGCUGCUCAGCUGCAGAACUUCAACGGGGAGCAGUGGAAACAUUUCAAUGUGGCCAUUCCGCAGAUAUUCAAGAACCUACAGGACAUGGACGAGAGGAGGACGGUCAAACUGGGGGAGACUUACCGGAGCUUUGCCGAGGUGGAGCGCAGAGUUCUCCCCAUCAUCUCCAAGUGUCUGGAGGGCAUGGUGACCGCUGCCAAGGCUGUGGAUGAACGGAAGGACUCUGCCAUUGUGGUGGAGUCAUUUAAAUCCGGUUUCGAGCCACCUGGAGACUUCCCGUUUGAAGAUUACAGUCAAAACCUCUCCCGGACUGGGUCAGACAACACCAUCAGCACCCCCAAGAACGAGGGGGUGGUUAAGCAAGACCCCAAACACUCGAUCAGCAAGGCGGCCAAGAACAAACUGUGGCUCUUUGGGAAAAAGCCCAAGGGUUCACUGUCUCCCCCCUCCUCUCCUCCCUCAAAACCCCAUCUACCUGACCACGCUCAGACUCCCAAAUUCUCCAGUGACCCCAUAGCUUUCUGUCUAUCUGAAAUGAGAACGGCCAAACCCAGGAUGGCCUCUUUCAGGGGUCUUAAACGAGGGGCUCCGUCACUGGAGGACUUCAGCCAUCUGCCUCCUGAACAGAGACGUAAGAGGCUGCAGGCCAGGAUUGACGAGCUCAGUAAAGAGUUACAGAAAGAAGUGGACCAAAGAGAUGCGUUGAACAAAAUGAAGGACGUGUAUGAGAAGAAUCCUCAGAUGGGCGACCCCCAGAGCCUCCAGCCCAAGAUCUCAGAAACCAUGUGCAACAUGGAGAAACUGCGCUCUGAGAUCCACAAGAAUGAGAGCUGGCUGUCUGAGGUGGAGGGCAAAGUGAGCAGCAGAGGGGACAGGAGACCAAGUGCAGAUGUCAACCAUCAUGCCCCACACGGCAGAGAGAGCCCUGAAGGAAGUUACACAGAUGCUCCCAGCCAGGAGCACCGGAGCCCCCCUCAUCAGCCGGACCCCCGACAGGUGCACCAGCCGGACGAGUUUGAUGAUGAGUUUGACGACGACGAUCCACUCCCAGUCAUCGGUCACUGCAAAGCCCUCUACUCAUUUGACGGUCAGAAUGAAGGCACGCUGCUGAUGAAGGAGGACGAGGUGCUGUAUGUCAUCGAGGAAGACAAGGGCGACGGCUGGACGCGAGCCCGGAAGCAAGGCGGGGAGGAGGGCUACGUGCCCACGUCCUACCUUGACAUCACCAUGGAGAAAAACAGCAAAGGUGCGGUCACCUACAUCUGAUCUGAGCUGCGUGGACACCUCCUAUAUCAAUCCUCUAGUCCCCGCUCUCCGCGGAGGGCCGGUCGCAACGGCAAUCCAUCCUCUUUUGUUCACUGUGUGAGCACACGGACAGACAAAACCUAGCCCCAAACGUCUCUGUGCUAUAAUAGCCACCCUCCCUGGAAAGGAGCUUAGAAUCAAUGAAUAAAACCAUGUGUGUUUGUCGGAUGUCUUAUUCAUAUCCAUUCUUUAUGGCAAAGGUGACUCGUCGUUCCCAAGGGCAGUUGUUUUUAUUGAAUGUUUUUUAAGUGAUUUAUUUUUAAAAUGCUCUUCCGUUUUUAAGGUGUUACCAGUAACAGAAUUUAAAAUUGGAAAAAUUACUUACUGAGUUUUUUUAAUUACUCUUUUUACCUCAGAUGUUCUCUUUUUGAUGUUAAGUGCUUUGUUAUGUAAUUAUGUUAAGACAUGAAUGCAGUUCAACAGUCCUGGUAAGACGGGCCCUGUUUUGUGCCUAUUUUAUCACUCGUGCUUCCCACAACCAUUCUACGCUUUAAGAUAACUGUACACUCCUCCCUCCUCUUUGUGCGAGUUUGUGUCUGUGUCGCCACAGUGCUGCCCUCUGGUGUUCCGGGGCGGUAUUUCACCCCAGGGCGGGGUUCCCCAAUGUGCACCGCUGUCGGUGCUCUGGAACCGGAUCAGUAACUCCUGUCUCUCUCUCUCCCCUGUUGGACUGCAGGUUCCUGAGGGGUGCAGUGUGGUGGAGGGUACAUGCAAUCGCUGAGUCUGGUGGAGCUAGUGGCAGACAUGUUGUCUCUGCGGGGAGGGGGUCGGCAGGUGUAGAGUCAGGUUGCACGUUUGCAUGAACACAUCCGUGACCAUUUACAUCAUUCCACAGUGGCAGAGGUUGUAGCUUAUGCCUAUCGGAAGGGGAGGGUUCUUGAAGUGUGUCUGUCUGGUCAUCCGGGGCACAGAGUCCCAAUCCAGCAGAACAGCCAGAACCUGGGACCUGGGAGAGGGGAAUUCUAGCCAGCUGAGCACCACAUUGUCAUUUAUAUAGAGAAAAGCCAGUGCUCCACUUCUCCGAGCCUCUUUAAUGUUGUAUUUCCGCUCUUAAGGUAACGGCCAACACUAACAGCUUGUCUUGUUGCAUUGUCGCAUUCUCAUUCUUUUGUCGGCAUUGCCUGUCUGUGUCACGGUUCUCUGCUAGUCUAAACGAGUGGCGUCCGCAUGUCUGUAACAUGCACUGGCAUUCCCCUCAUCCAGUAGCAGUCAUGUCUGUAACAUGCACUGGCAUUCCCCUCAUCCAGUAGCGGUCAUGUCUGAAACAUGCACUGGCAUUCCCCUCAUCCAGUAGCGGUCAUGGCGAAUGCAGCGUCUUCUUGGAUGUAACCCCCGCCGUCCCUGCUCCUCUAACCGUGCCGUCUCUUCCAUUCAUCCCGUCGUUUGUUUUCUUCUCGUGUCUUGUUUCUGUCCACCGUGCCGAUGGAGGAACGUCCUGUCAUUGCUGAUGCCUGUGUUGAAUGUGGUCUGUCGUUCUGUUGCUGAGUAACUCAUGUGGGGCUGUAUGGCCGCCGAAAUCAGAUUAGAAGCAGGACUACUCUAGACUCAGCGGGCCUUCCCCUUCACACUACCGCUUGGUCCCCUCCUCUUCCUCUUCAUCCUCCCUGCACCGGCGCCACCGAAAGACCGGACGCGGGGGUGAUAUUGACAUCUUAGCGCCAGCAGACGGCCCUCCUCCCUCACCAGGCAGUCAGUCACCACCACCACAGGAAGCCUGGAGCUAAAACACGCUACAAAGGCCACUGAAACCCCCCCAAUCCAACGACCACACUCCAAAUGUCCACGCGGUAUUUGCCUUAAUACUCUUGAGGGUGGGAAUGGUCCCCACUGAGUGCUCGGCCAUCACUCUCUGCUGCACACAAGGGCUCCAACCGACCGGUGCUCCUCUGGGCACAUCCCAGAACCAACCCCCAUGUCCUGUCUUUUCUACGCCUCCCUGGGGCAGGCUGCGUGCGGCCCCCACGCGUGUGAGUGUCUGACUCCCAUAACGUUCCUCUUUCAAGCGCAUAUUUGUGAAUGUGAUUAUACAUAUAUAAACAUGUGUAUGCAUAUUAAUGUCAGGAUGUGUAUACAGGUAUGUGUAUAUAUGUAGUUAGUUUUAUUAUCAAAUUGUACGUAUUAACAUCUCUUUUCCUCAAUACUGAAUGUGUUUUUAAUUGUGACUUUUUGUAGGGUUUUUAAUCAGACGAAUGACUCGCUUUUCAGAAUCGUGCCGUUAACUCAGCAGCCAUGCGUUUUGUCCAAACAUACUUCUGAAUAGGGACAUGGUCUUAACUGAUGCACUUUUGCCACAUAGCGUUUAAAUUGACCGUUAUUGAAUAAAUGAAUGAAUGACAUGGACUCUGUAUGCUACCUUUUUGUACAAAUGUAAGGUGAAACAACGGCUACUUUUAUUGUAGAAGGUUCAGUACAUGCACAAAAUAAAGUGCUUUACCGUGGCUAGCCAUGUAAGUGAUUUACCGUGGCUAGCCAUGUAAGUGCUUUACCGUGGCUAGCCAUGUAAGUGCUUUACCGUGGCUAGCCAUGUAAGUGCUUUACCGUGGCUAGCCAUGUAAGUGCUUUACCGCGGCUAGCCAUGUAAGUGCUUUACCGCGGCUAGCCAUGUAAGUGCUUUACCGCGGCUAGCCAUGUAAGUGAUUUACCGCGGCUAGCCAUGUAAGUGCUUUACCGCGGGUAGCCAUGUAAGUGCUUUACCGCGGGUAGCCAUGUAAGUGCUUUACCGCGGGUAGCCAUGUAAGUGCUUUACCGCGGCUAGCCAUGUAAGUGCUUUACCGCGGCUAGCCAUGUAAGUGCUUUACCGCGGCUAGCCAUGUAAGUGCUUUACCGCGGCUAGCCAUGUAAGUGCUUUACCGUGGCUAGCCAUGUAAGUGCUUUACCGCGGCUAGCCAUGUAAGUGCUUUACCGCGGCUAGCCAUGUAAGUGCUUUACAUAGUCCUAGCUCUUUAUAAUUUAAUUUGUUCAAAGGUUUUGUAUUAAACACAAAGCAAAGUACAAUGCAGGAGAUUUACAAACAAUACAGUAAUUUAAUUCAUUUUUACAAUGGAUUGAAUUUGCAUGAGCAUAAUGGACAUGAUGAUUGAUAGGACUUAACAGAAGUGAAUCUUUUUCCAUAAGACUGACAGAGGGUCAUGCCCUUGGAAAUGUAUGACAUUCCCCAUUCAUUUUUUUGCAGCUGACUUGUGAUUCCACUGUGUAGUAUGAGCAAUGCUUUAGUUCCUAAUAAAUACGUAAAGCUGUGAAAAGGAACAUUAUGAUGAUUAUUUCGUCAUGAGAUGCUCAUUUUACUUGAACUGUAUUUCUGAGAACUUCCUAGACACCAACACAAUGUCUUUAAGACCCAUGUGCUUCUUUGAAAAAUGUGCACUAACUAACAAGGUUAAUUCUGUUAAAAUGGAACUGGUUCUACAUACAUCCUGUGAGUCUGUUAGUCGUGUCAUUCAAUCUCUUCGAUGCCCUUUGAAUGUUUAUUCUUCUCCUGUUUUACUGGCGACUAGAUGUGUAAUCAGAAUUGGGGAAAACCUUAUCCUUUGUUUUUUGUGAAAUGACUUUGAUUGGCUUAUGGAGCAUGUAGGUUUUCUACAUGACUUCACUGCAAAUUCUCAAUCUCUGGCCACAUUUAGGCCAAUUUAUAUAUUCAGCCCUACAAUGUCCCCAAUGUCUAGUGAUACUGGUAUCAGCUCUGAGUUUAGUUAUGGAUCUUGUAAACCAGUAAAGGAUGUUGAGUGAGUACCGUGUUACAUGAAGCACCUUAAUCCAUACAUUUAUGUCUGGCAAUAUCUCCUACAUCAGUACUAUAAAAAGUAUUUUUGACAAGCUUCUUGCUGGUGCCCUAAAACAUUGCUGUCUGUAUUUUUGGCUGAUUAAUGGAAGUAGCUUUCAGUGAUGACAAAAUUAUCAUGAUGGAUCAUACUGUAGGUUUUUCACAAUCAUCCUUAACCAAAAGUUAUGCAGAAAGUGGGGGGUUCACUUGGGAUUUAAACUGUGAGCUGAUUCAUAACCAUUAUGCUGUAAUUGUGAUCUUUAUGCAAUAAAAACUCCCAACGAAAUGCUUUAACAAGGAAUAAAGAAAAUGGCAGUAGUAUUUUCGCACCUCAAGGCUAGGAUGAAAUUGUUUUAUCUACCAAAUGGUAGCACGUCAGUGUGGUGGCAAAUAUCACAAUCUGUUGACUCUCACUUUAACAUACUGUGUAUUGUAAUAACCAAUGGCAGUAAUUCAUCAUGUUAUGAUCAUCUUUUUAUUUUUGUUCGGACACUUUGUGGAGAAGAAUCAUGUUUUAUCUCAUUGUUCUAAUAAAACACACAAAAUGCUUAGCA